ACUUGUCCAAAACCCUAACCCUUAGUGCCACCAAGAUUGGUGACACCAUGGAGUUCACAGAUCACAACCCUAAUUCCACCUCCAUUGCUUCACAACACAGCACCAAUGGAACCACCAUUGUCACAGAGAAUAGAAACCCUAACCCUAAUGGUGCUCAGCCCUAUGUUUUGAUGUUCCCAGUCAUGUCACAAGGCCAUAUGAUCCCCAUGAUAGACCUCGCCCGCAUGAUCGCAGCCAGAGGCCUUGCUGUCGCAGUGGCCACCACCCCCCUCAAUGCUGCCCGCAUCCCCUCGGUGCCGCUUCUCCGUGUGCUCGAGCUGCCGUUCCCAGGGACUGAGGUGGACCUCCCACGCGGGUGCGAGAGCCUCGACGCUCUCCCGCAACUGUCGCUCUUCCCGGAAUUCAUGAAGGCGACAAGGCUCAUGAAGCCGAAACUUGAUGAGAUCUUGGCGAUCGAUCGGCCUUUGGCCAUCGUCUCCGACUUCUUUUUGCCAUGGACCUUAGACACAGCGGAAAGAAUCGGGGUUCCACGACUGGUUUUUCAAGGGAUCAGCUGUUCUGCGCACUGUUGUCUCGAGUUGGUUAAAAAGUUCAGGCUUUGGGACGCUGUAGACUCGGAUCACGAGCCAUUCGAGUUGCCUGGUUUGAGUAUAAGGCUCACUAAGGCUAACCUGCCUCCCCUUAUGCGAAACCCCUCGGCCGAGCCCCCGGGCGUCAUCGAGUUUUUUAACGAGAUUCGAAGAGCAGACUCUGAGAGUGCUGGGAUCAUAUUUAAUAGCUUUUACGAGCUCGAGCCAGAUUACUUCGAGCAUUGCAGAAAGACCACACGAGCGUGGCACGUUGGUCCAGUCUCAAUGGUGACCCCAGAUACGGGUUCGAGGGGCAAGGCAGGCUCGGUCGAGUGCCUGGCUUGGCUCGACAUGUUUGAGCGGGGAACAGUCGUGUAUGCCUGCUUCGGGAGCAUGUGCAGGUUCGAGUCCGAUCAACUGGCCGAGAUAGGGCUUGGGCUCGAGGCCACUGGCCGCCCAUUCAUAUGGGUCGUGCGCGAGACCACAGAGCCACUUGGUUCGAUAAGUGGGCUCGAUGGGUUCGAGGAGAGGGUCAAGGAUAGGGGCCUAGUGAUAAGGGGGUGGGCUGCUCAGGUCUUGAUCUUAUCACAUGAAUCGGUGGGUGCAUUUAUUACGCAUGGGGGUUGGAACUCGGUCCUAGAGGGGGUGAGCUCAGGCUUGGCCAUGGUGACUUGGCCACUGAGUGCUGAGCAAUUCAUAAACGCAAAGAUGGUUAGUGAGGUGAUGGGGAUAGGGUUUGGGGUUGAGAGAGUUGGGAAGGAAGUGGUGAGGAGAGAGAAAGUGAAGGAGGCGGUGGAGGAGGUGAUGGGAGAGGGAGGAGAGAGAAAGAGGAUGAGAGCCAAGGAGUUGAAGGAGAUGGGUAGGAGGGCGGUGGAGGAAGGAGGCUCUUCCCACAUGAGUUUGGGGAGGUUGGUGGAGGACCUGCUCAAUGGACUCAAACAAGGAGCUUAAUGGUUUAGACUUUAGAGAGAGAGAGAGUUGAGAUGCAUGGUUUAGAGAGAGAGAAAGGUAA